CUACUGAUUUGUCGGCAUUAAACUAUUUCAUCCGAGUCACUCGUGAUGGAAAAAACAGACACCCAAGAAAGCACGGCAGUCACCUUCGAAUGGACCCUUCGAGGUCUCAAGAGUAUCUUUGAAUCGAGCAAAGGUGAAUCGAAGUCAAAGGUUACCAAGUCUGUGAGAUUUGGACAUGGACGCUGGCAGAUUCUUUUUUAUGCAAACUCUGGGACGGAGGGUGGAGGGUUCGUGAGCUUGUAUCUGUCCUGUGAACCCACUGCUGAAGAAAAAGACAAUGCAGUGGACGGGAAGUGGGUACGAGAGGGCGUCUAUAAAUUCAAUUUCGAACUUCGAAGUCUCGGAAAGACUGCAUUAUUCAAUAUCAAAGAAGCUCACAAUCAUUCGUUUUCAUCGAAGACAGCCAAUUGGGGAUGGGCUCAGUUUGCGCGACGAGAUCAUGUAUACUAUCAUUCAAAUGCCGUCAAGGAACAGGACGCUUUCCUCAUCAUCUGCACCAUCACGUCAUCUCCUACCGUUCCUGCGCAACCACCAUCAGCGCCAGUUCAGCUUGUACCGAAGGAUUUUCUGGAACGCGUAGGGUCGCUGCUUGAUGAUCCACUAUACUCCGAUGUCGAGUUCGUCCUCCCUUGCCGAGGCAGGUCAAAGAGUUUUAGGUGUAUCUACGCCAACAGAAAGAUAUUGCAAAGAGCAGAUUACUUUCAGACUAUGUUCAGCUCGGGAUUCUCCGAGGCUUCUUCAGACCAUGGCCAAUAUGAUAUCGAUGAUGGCGAUGGCGCCUCAGACGACACCUAUCUUAGCCGUCAGUAUGACGAUUCGGAUGACGAAGAUGAUGAAUUUACGACACAAACAAUUGAUGAACCCAGUUUUGACGGCACUGUAGAGUUGCAGAUCGAAGAGGACGCUGGACCUUCUGUGCCAGUUGCAAGUACUAGCACCACCGAGGCAAACGUCCAUUGCGUAGAGGAAGAUGCUCAAAUGUUGAGUGGCCCGGAAGACGGACAGACACGUAAUGUUCAACCCAAGUUGUCCCACCCGUCAUCCCCAAGGAGUAAUAAUGUGGCUCUUGACACGAAUGCAUACAAUUGGAUUAAACCUACAGCACCUACUGAAGGCAAGGAGGUUGCGGGACCCAAGAAAAUGCGUGUCUUUAUUCGGGACGUCGCAUAUGCAACUUACAAGGCUGUUCUCUACUACAUUUACACUGAUGUUAUUGUCUUCGCCCCUAUAUCCUCGUCGUUCAUCUCAACGGCUCGAAAGAGGGCUCCGACAAUAGUGUCAACAGCGCAAGCCCCUUCUGAUAGUCAGUCUAAUUUACUCGACAUUCCAAAAGCAGGGAGCUCGACAGAAACUCCCACCUCAAGGAGAGAGUGGAUCCGAAAGUGGCAACAAAGUCAUCCAGGGCGACCAUCGCCUUGUUCUGCGAAGGCUGUUUAUCGAUUAGCAGACAGUGAGUUAAUUACACGCCUUCCUGUUAUUCGCUGUAAUCGGAAAGUAUAGAACUUGGCCUCCUUGAUUUGAAGGAGCGUGCAUACCAGGUAGUUCGUACUCUCAUACGAUUGACAUUUGUGUUGACGCACACGAUACAGCACAUUCAGAAGUCGUUCACCGUCGACAAUAUUCCAUACGAGGUGUUUUCUCCAUUUUCUGCGACCUUUUCGGAUGUCCGCAAGGUCCAAGUUAAUUUCUUCCUUGAGCACUGGGGAGAUAUCCGUUCUUCAGACGCGAUGCGCAGUGUGUGGCAACAAAUUCGCAUAGGAAGACAUCCUGGAUUCGAGGAAGGUAUGUGUUCGGACUAUCAAUUUCACGACAUGGGAGGUGACGGAUCAUCCAGUGUGGCCCUUGAUCGCACAGC